AUGAAUCCUUCUGAGCGUUUCUUUGCAAAGCUGCGGAAACUGACUGUUUGUCUGGAGACUGAAAGCAACAAUCUCCUGCAUGCAAGUCAAAACCCCCAAGACGACGAUGAGGAUGAAGAGAAUGGGGCUCAAGCUCUGUACCAGCUGCACUCUGAAGUCAGAGCACUGAAGCGGCAAGUUCAAGAUCAGGUGGCCACACAUGAUGCAACAAGUACUGAGCUGAGGAACUUCAUAAGAAGAUGCUUGGUGCUGAAGCAGAGAACCACAGAAGACACUGACAGGCUGAAGAAACACAAUGAGAAGUAUGGUUACAGACCACGAAAUGCAAGGUUAAUACAAGGGAAAUACAGGUUAAUAAAAGAGGCUGAAGAGCAAGCAGAGAGAGAUGCUGCAGAGGAAGAUGAAGUGAUGGGACAAGGGAUUUGUGAAGAGGCUCAACAGUCUGAGACACCUGAGAAGAUGCAACCACCUGUUGACCAGCUGCGGACCCCAAAGCUCUCCGAUUUUGGUCUGUCUGCGCUCCAGUUCCAAAGAGUGCUUGGUGAAGCAGAGCCGCCUCACAUUGCUGCUCCUGUCCCAGCUGUGGCUCUGUCACCACCAUCAUUUGUCAUGAACAUGCAGCCAAAGACACCCAAGUGCUCGCUGCAUAUGGAGGAGGAUGCUCUGACCCCUCGACUAGAGGACUUUGGCAUCUCUGAGUAUACCGUGUGCUGGAACAAUGACUUUACCAUGGAUUUGUUCAACAAAAAACCACCGAAGACCAGCAAUGAAAGAACAGAGAAUGGUCAGAAACCCUCUCAUGUUUUCCCCACUUUGACUUCUGUGCCUAACAAAGGUCUUGCCAAUGAGAGUCUGGAAUCCCCAGA